AUUGGAAUAGCGUUCGUGCAGAUUGCACGCGCCCAUGGUAUGCAAGUAAUUGGUUCAGCGGGAACAGCAGAGGGCAUGGAAAUUGUGAAGAAACAAGGAGCUCACUAUGUUUUCAAUCAUCGUGAGGAUGGAUACAUGGAAAAGAUAAAGGAAUUGACCGAUGGCAAAGGCGUUGAUGCAAUAAUGGAAAUGAACGCCCAUUUACAUCUCGUAAAAGAUUUAGAUAUAUUGUCUAAUGGUGGCAGACUAGUGGUGGUUGGUAGAUACGGUAACAUAGCUAUCAAUCCCAGAGACAUUAUGCUGAAAGAAGCAAAAAUACUCGGAGUAAUGCUGCCGAAUUCUACUAUAGCGGAACGGAGAAAUAUAGGUGCAGCCAUCAAUGACGGAAUUCAGAAAGGUUGGUUAAGACCAUUGAUAUGGAAAGAGUUUCCACUGAAAGAGGCCAGCGAGGCUCAUCGAUUUAUGGCAAGCGGGCAUGGUGCUAAAGGUCGCAUCGUUUUGAAUAUGAUAUAAGCUAUUUUUGUAAUUUGUUUAUUCGUAAUCUAUAUCAUUUCAUUACACCUUGUACUUUUGGGGCAACACUGCAUAAUAUCUACUUUGUCAGAUUGUGUACUUGUUAAAAAGUUAUAUACAUGUAUUAGUGGAGUAAAUAUGAAUAAUGUAUGAUGUGUCGAUAAAAA